CUUCAAAGUCUUAUCUCUUUCUCUCUGUCUCAAAACCAACUACAAAAAGCAACAGAAACCCAACUUCUUGUUCCAAUCUUCAACACACAUUUCACUCAAACAAACACAACAGAUUCCUUCUACAAAACCAAUAAAACAAUAUCACAAAAAUUACUUCCUGCAACAAAAAAAAAAGAAACAAUAAAAAAUCGCAUUCAUAAACAAAUAUAUAUAUAUAUAUAUAUAUAUAUAUACACAUAUUUUAAACAAAAAAAAAACUUCGUCGUUUUUUUCUCCUCCGUUGCCGGAAACUCAGCACCGUCGUCAACCACCGCAUCAAUUUCAAGGAAAUUCAGAAUCUCAUUGAAUUUUCGGAGAUGUCGAGGUUUCCGUUCUUCAGUCGGUCGAAUACGAUUCACUCAUCUUCAUCAGAGAAAUCUCAGAAAUCUUUCAACCAACCUCUAGAUCGGUCCGGUUCACUGAGCCGAUUCUACGGUUCAAUGGAAUCGAUGAAGUCUUCGAUUCGCGGAAAGAUGGUGAAGAAGCUCUGCAAUUUAUUCGAAUCGACGAAAGAAUCGUUGAAUUCGAAACCCUCGACAGGUUCGGAACCGCGUUCUGGUUCGAAAUUGCGUUCGGAAACGCGUUCAGGUUCGAAAUUAGGUUGGGAAUCGGGUAUGUUGUUCCGGUUGCCCGAAGCUGAGGAUCGGAUUGUGGUUUAUUUAACGAGCCUGAGAGGGAUUCGGAGAACAUUUGAAGAUUGUAAUGCGGUUAAGAUGAUUCUGAAAGGGUUUAGGGUUUGGGUUGAUGAAAGAGAUGUUUCUAUGGAUCGCGCUUACAGAAAAGAAUUGCAGUGUGCGAUGGGUGAGGAAAAUGUUGCGCUGCCUCAAGUAUUUGUGAGAGGAAAGUACAUUGGUGGUGCUGAUGUCGUUAAGCAUCUAUUCGAAAGUGGUGACUUGAAAAGGAUUCUUGAAGGGUUCCCAAAGAUGAAACCCGGCUUUAUUUGUGACAGUUGCGGCGAUGCGAGGUUCGUCCCAUGUAAAAAUUGCAGUGGGAGUAGGAAAGUGUUUGAUGAAGAUGAAGGGCUUUUGAAGAGAUGCUUGGAGUGCAAUGAGAAUGGACUUAUCAGGUGUCCAUUUUGCUGCUGUUAGUUGAAUGAUUUUAGGUGAUUAUUAUGAAAUGGGGUUAUGGCGGAUUAAUCAUUGGUUAACUUGGUUUAGCGAUAAUCAUGAUUAUUAUGAUGAUGGUGGUGUUUUGCUCCUUGAACAGAGUUUUGUUUUGUUCAAGAGCUUUUUCUUUUUUAACUUCAAACUUAAACAUAAGUGCAAAACUGGUAUAAUAAUGUGAAUAUAUGUAAAUAUCUAGUGAUGUAUAAUGAGCUGCAAAUAUCUAGUUUGUGAAAUUUUACAAUGGAAUGUUUUAUUCCCCUUUUCUUCCUAUUA